GGUCAUAUCCCCGGUGAUUUACUCCGUUGUGGAGCGCAAGUCUUUCGCUUUAAGACAGUGUCAGAGGCGACGGACCCAGCGGCGGUGGAGGAGCUGGUCGGGAUUGGGCGACACCGGAGGAAUCCCCAAACUUUUCCCAACUCUUUUUGUCCUCGUUAUUUUCAUUUCCACUUUAUCCCGACCUUGUGGAUCUACGUGCAAAUAUAACGGCUUGCCAGUUGACACUGUCGUUUUAAAGGCGGAGCUCAUUUCCUUCCAUUCGAGUAAAAACUUGAGGAAUGAUACCCGAGCGACCGCAUCCCUUCCUCCGAAGUUCAGCUAAGGUGGCUAAUGCUAGUUAGCGGGGAGCAUAGCGGCUAACUGGAGUAGAAGUACUAAAACUGUCGAUAUCAUUCUCGGACGCUAAGCUGGCACGUACAUACACGUGAUAGACAAAUAAGAGAUUCGAGAGAUGGGCGUUCUGGAGUUGUGGGGCAGCAUUUUGUGAUUUAGUUCCACCGGAGCAAGUUAAUGUGACACUGUGAUGCUAGUCCUGUUGACAAAAACUUGCACCCUUCAGGUUGAGAUUGGACUUCACAGCAGCACAAUCGUUAUAUCAACUACCAGUUUAGCAGUAAGUAAUCGCUGGUGUUUUUCAAGGCGGCACAUUCAUAACUGAGUAACAACUUGUUGAGGGAUGGGAAAGCAUGCGGUGACCCAGAUGCUCGGAGCUGGAGGAAGUGGAAUCGCUCCGUGACCGCUGGAUGCUUGAGAGGCGUAGCUGCAGUUGCUGUAAGCACUUCGUUCAAAAGUUUUUGUUUCAUUUUGAAAUAAGGCUUUCCUUUACUUCCUUAAUUCUUAAAGCGAUUUGUAUCGUGGACAGAUUCCUUGCCUGUCUUUAAUAAGCACAUAGGUUCAGGAGCAUCCCUCUUAUGACUCGUGAAUCGUCGAAAGUAUUCAAGAAACUAUCAUGAAAGUGACAGUGAGCUUUGGCCCAACGGGGGUGGUUGUGCCCUGCAAAGAGGGUUGGACUGUGCGGGACCUCAUCCAACAAGCCACACAACGAUACAGAAAACUCCUGGAGCAGCAAGGACAGUACCUGGUCCAGACUCACCAUAUUGAAUACUGUGACGGUGGAAUUUUGGACCCUGACGACAUACUUAGUGACCUUGUCGAAGACAAGGACAAGCUGAUGGCUGUGUAUGAGGAGCAGGAGGCCCAGCAGAGGGGCGCAACUUCCCCGAGCCUUGCCCCCAGCCCUGACCUUUACCACUCUGAGCUCUCUGCCUUCCAGCCAAUUCCUGGAGGGGAGAUUGAAGUGAACUCGUCCGCACUGAAGUCCAGCACCCCCCUGCUGGUGAGGAGCAGUAGUGACUCUGCCCUGGGACCUCAGAUCGCAGACUCUGAAUCCUCACUUACUGAAGAUACAACACUGGCUGCCCAUCCCACUGUGGAGAAGCCAGUGGGGGUGGAGAGACACCAAAGUAAACACACCUUCAACAGCAGAAGCCUGACAAGAACAGUGGAGAUUCUGGGAGAAGACAGCCCCCUGGGCAUCCAUGUGGUCCCCUACUGCUCUUCACUCAGUGGACGGUCUCUGGGUCUGUACAUCCGUGGAGUGGAGGAGGAAAGCCGCUCAAGGAAAGAGGGACUGUUCCAAGAGGAAGAAUGUAUCGUCAAAAUCAACAGCACUGACCUCAUGGACAAGACCUUCAGCCAAGCCCAGGAAGUGUUCCGCCAUGCCAUGCACUCGUCCACUGUCCGCCUGGAAGUGGUUCCCUCCUGUCACAAGGAAAACUAUGAGAAGAGUCUGAUAGGUCAGCUGGUCAGCAACAGCAGCAUCUCUGAUGGCAGCCCUAGAACUUACCCAAAAGCCAAAGAUCCACCGCCUCCUGUCAAAGCCAAACCUGUCUUCAAGCCUCCAGAGAUUGCAGCAACGCAAUUGGCGAUUGAUGUGAACCCCCCAGAGGCUGAUAGGUCAAGGAGUGCUAGCCCUGCUUGCCCUGGUAAAGACCGUGCCCUCUCCAGUCUGCUGCUCACGAAGAAAGCCGGGCGGCGACUGAGGAUUGACCUCAAGAAAGGUUCUGAUGGUCUCGGUUUCACUGUCGUUACCAGAGACUCGACAGUUCAUGGUCCAGGUCCAAUUCUCGUCAAAAACAUUCUGCCCAGAGGAGCUGCGAUCCGCGAUGGACGCCUGCAGUCUGGAGACCGAAUACUGGAGGUCAACGGCGCUGAUAUUUCGGGUGUUGGCCAGGAAGAUUUGGUGUGUAUGCUGCGGAGCACUCGUCACGGAGAGAGCGUCUCACUUGUAGUCCUACGACAGGAAGACAUGUUCCUGCCUCGUGAGAUGAAGGACGAGGUCCCCUCCGGGCCUAACUUCAUUGUGGAGAGUGGCAAGGAGCAGUUGAUGUUUGAGGUUCCGCUCAACGACACUGGCUCUGCAGGACUGGGCAUCAGUCUCAAAGGAAACAAGUCACGAGAGACUGGAGAAGACCUGGGAAUCUUCAUCAAGUCCAUAAUUCACGGAGGGGCUGCAUACAAGGAUGGCCGGCUGCGUAUCAAUGAUCAGCUUGUCGCAGUCAAUGGAGAGUCGCUGCUCGGACAUUCCAAUCACGAGGCCAUGGAAACUCUCAGACGCUCCAUGUCUCACGAAGGGAACGUGAGAGGGAUGAUCCAGCUGGUGGUGUUGCGGGCUCUCAAGGACCAACAUGGGCUGUCACCCAACUGUUCAUUCGACGGCUCCUCACAUCUGCCAGGACUGCUGAACCACAUGACGGAUCCAGCAGGAUUCAUCAGCCAGGCAAAUGGUCACAUGUCCCCAUCCACAUUGAACAACAGUCUGCAUGUGUCUAAUGGGAUAAAUGGCAGCUUCCAUCACUCGGGUGAGGAUGCCGAUGCAGACCUCUACCAACACCAGGAGUUUCGGAACUCAAAACAGUAUUCCCACCAUAAGGAGAGGGAAGCCUCGAGUUCAGCGCAGCCACAGUCACCCAACCAGAACCCGAGUCAAGACAAGCGCCACUUCCAGCAUGUGAAGGCUUCCAAAAGCAUGGACUUGGGUACGACUCAGAGCCAGCAACACACUGUGGCUGAUGAGAGCAACAUCGGAGCUUUGGUUGGAAACAACUCAGCUCUAUUGUCUCCAGAGGGAAUUGGUCCCACUCUUGGUCUGAAGAAGUCUUGUUCACUGGAGAGUCUGCAGACUGCCAUUUCAGAGGUGAACAAAAUAAACGAAGUCCUUCCCUUCCACCGCCCUCGUCCUAACAUGGUCAGAGGAAGAGGAUGCAACGAGAGUUUCAGGGCCGCCAUUGACAAAUCCUAUGAUGGCCCGCCUGAGGACGAUGAUGAUGAAGGUUCAGAGCACAGCUCGGGCCGGGACACGCCUGCAAGCGGCUCAUCCCGCCAGGGCGCGGGAGAACACAGGGAUGAGAAGAGCAAAAAAGACAUGAAGAAGAAAGCCAAAACAAAGAAGAAGGACAAGAACAAAGUGAAAGCGAAAGAGAAGGAGAAGAAGAAAGCAGACGACUUGGAAGACAAUGAAAAGAAGAGCAAGAAAAUUGGCUUCGGCCUGUUAAGAUUUGGCAAAAGAAAAGAGGAGAAGAAGGCAGCUUUGCAGAGACAAAAGUCAGACGUUCUCAGCGAUGUGGAUCUGGAGAAGAUGAAAGAGGAGAGAGAGAGAAUCGAACUGGGACAUCCUGAGCUUCAAGAUCACCUGCAGGGUGGAGGCGCUGCUCCGCCAUUUCCUGACGUGGAGGACGAUGAAAGUGAUCCAAACUAUGCCCGGAUACAGUCCUUUAAGGGCCGCAGCACGGCCCCGCCUGCGCCACUGUCACCUCACUCUCCCCCCUACAGUACAGUCCAGCGUCCUCAGAACCCCUCCCCCCAAGGCCCUUCAAAUUUUCAUCCACUUCAUGCUAAUGAUGCCACCGCAGCAGAAGACCACUUAGACCGGCUUUACGCCAAAGUCAACAAACCCAGAGCAGCUGGGACCACGUCUCCUCCGGUGCCUGCUGCUUCCAAUGAGAGCAUGGACAGAAUCCAGCAGCUGAGACGAGAAUAUCAGCAGGCCAUGAGAGAGGGAAUGGUGCCACCCUAUGAUGACUUGGAUCAGCGGAGACGAGCGCACGACAAUGACAGGAUGCCAAUGAGAGCAGUUGAUCCACGAAUGGCACCACGGUAUGAAGAAGUGGAGCGGCAGUACGCGUCUUUACCAAGACGAGGCCCGAUGGAGCCGAGUGACUACCCCGUGCCGCAGUGGUCUGGACUGUACGCUGGCGCUCCACAGCCUCCUCAAGGAUACACCAAUGCCCCGACUUACCCAUCAGCAAGCUCCCAGCCUGCUUCAUUCCCCAGCUACCAACCCACCCAGCCGUAUCCUCGACCUGGGGAGCAUCGGGCACUUGAGCCUGGGUAUUAUCCUCAUCAGAGCUCGCAGCAGCGGGGGCCCCUGCGGCAAGACGUGCCCCCAUCUCCCACCACGCCCCUCCGCGGUCUUCGGUACGACACAAUGACACGUGGGGCGGCGGGUGGAGGAGGUUACAGGUAGGAUGGAUUUGGCCUCAGUCACAUGGCUCAUCAGGAUCACUACGUCUACAGUGGCGAGCAGAGGGGGCAGCAUCACCAAACCAACCCACGGCAGAAGAAUGCCAUGACUGCAGCGAAAUAGAAGAACCAGUUCCUCACAUGCUGCUUCUUCCUUUGCCUGACCAAAUUUGGAGCCUUACCUGUGGUUUGAUAUUGUGGCCGAUCAUUGUAGAGUGCCUUUGUUUUUAGCAAUAUAUGUGAAGUGGCUAAGUUGCCGUCGAGCUUCAGCCCCGCAGGAUCCUACCUUUUCACUUAUUAGAGAUUUGAGUGAGGUCAAUGUAGUUUCCAGCCUUCUGAACGGUGAAACUAUUUCUGCACUUUUCCCCCUGUGACAUGAACAGUUGCCUUGUUGAGCUUAGAUUCAAUGACUGUACAGUUAAACUGUGCAUUUCUCAGAAUCACAAACCUACAUGACUGAGUGUCUUUGUAUCUUUUAUUUUCAAUAUUACCUUGAGCCGCAUUUAACAUUUUUUAUAUGAUCGUGUUUUAUUCACUUUGUACAAGCUUUUUGUUUCUUCCAUCUGAAAUCAUACGCCUGAAUGUAUAUUUUCCAAACUAUAAUCAGUUUGAGUGGUGUCUGUUUUAGGUUUUUAAGAGUACAAUACACGUUAAUACAGUUUUUUACUUACUUCUUCCAAAUAUCUCAAUUUAUCCAAACUGAUGCGGUUUUUCCAGGGCUGUUUAUUCAAGCCCCUCUUGCACCUGUCACUGCAGUUAAUGUCCUUUUAUUUUAUUUUUAAAUCUGACUGUGAUUAAGUGCUGAAACUGUGUAGGAUUCGGCUUCGUCCUGAUGGAUUUCUGGUAUUUUCGCUGCUUUAUUUCUGGCUGUAGCUGCCUCUUCUUUGUGUGUGGGACAUGUGCAGUAGUUGGGAUGGAGAAGCCUCCGCCCUCACUGGUGUGGGUGUCCAGGAUAGAAGAGUGGAGUACUCUCCUCAGAUCUACUCCACCGUCUACAUCCAUUUAGCCACUUACUGAAGCCCCAGCUGAGAGUAACCCAGAGUUAAAGUUAAGCUUAGCAUUUCCGCCUUCAGCAGCUCGCAGCUCCGCCGAUUGCGUUCACCCAGGUUGAAGAUGACUUUUCAUGAGGGUCCUGCUCAUGUUUGAGCUCAUCAUUUGUGGGGAUAAAAAGCAGCUGAAGAGAACUGGAGAGUCAUUUGACUGGAAAAAUGACAUUAGCUGGGGUUUCACUGUUAAUUGAGAAUUUAGACUGGAACGUGACAGGAAGGAAGGACUGUGACAAUGAAUGAGCGGCACAGAAUGUAAUAACUAGUGAUGGAAAGAAACAUGUAAAUUAAGGGGUAUUCACGAUGAAGAUCUUUUAUUAUACACCUUUGAUUUUUUUUGUAGUAAGAGAUUCAUGAUACUCCAAAUUAAAUCUCCUAUGUUAAAGUACUUCAUAAGCAGAUUUUUUAUUUUUUAUUUUUUUAUCAGCCAAAUUCAAAAUAAAACCUUAACAAUAGGUGGUUAGGUCGACUCUAUCUUAGAGCAUAUUGAACUGCACCCAGUUUCAGUAUCCUACAAAUAAAGCCUUAAACUUGAGCUUGGGUAUUUUCAAAUGAGAGGCCCCCUUAGUUGGAAACGUCCAGACAAAAUGUGAGGAAACGAACGAUCAAGUGUGGACUGAAAGAGAGCCUGAGGAAUGUAGUGAAUGGACCAGAGUGUCUGAAGGUAUGAACACAUCGGUGUCAUGGAUGCAAACAGUGACACAUGAAUGUUACAUCUGUUCAUCAUUUAGAUGUACUUUUUUGUUGGCAGACUCCUUACGUAGGUACAAUCGCACUUAACAAUACCAAGGACAUGAAUCUGCAAAACAGUAUUGAGAUUUCACACUUGUCUACUCAGGCGACCUGUUUGGUUCUGUCUGUCUAUAUGUUGCACAAACUGAAGGUACGUAUCCAGAGUUUUAAGUUGCGCAAUUCUGGAGAUCAGUGUAUGAAGGAAGAGUGUGAGGCAGUGAUUUAGUGUGGGCAUCUGUUUGUCAGUAUUCCAACCUGAAGACACAUUCAUUCCUCAGUUAUCUGAGCAUGAAUCAAAUGUUUUGUCAAAGAGGCGUUAUCAUUUACCUCCACACUCACAACUUGUUUCGAAGCGAUCAAAUAUAAAAUGAUUCAAUGAAAAUGUUGUAUCCUUUCAUCUGACAAGACUUUGAAUGCAAAUGAACUGAAAUGAUCUUUUUUUUUUUCUUUUCUACUGUGUAUAAUGUGUCACUCAAUUGGCCUGAAUAUACCGUCUGAAUCAAGCAUACGUCAGCAACACCUUGUUCCGGCCAACUGCGCAGUAUACAACCAGCAGCCAUAGAUCUCCAACAUAUGGGUGAACAUUUCUGGAAUUUUGGAACCACAAUGCAGGAGAUAUGUAUGAAAGGAAAUUGCCCUUGGCAAACGAAAAAACAAUGUGGAGUAAGGUGUCAGGUAGAGUAACUCUCUGAAAUGUCUCCAAAUAGCAGACUGUUUUUUAAAUGUAAAGUUCUGGUUGAUAGUUGAAUCAUGCCAGUUGCAGGUGAUGUGUUGGGCGGAGUGGACGGGACACCACAGAGGACACCACAAGGCAAAGCAAUAGUGGGAGUUGCGUUACAAUAAACAUCCAGACAAGUUCAGGUGCGAUCGCUGACAGACGUGCACAGUCAUUGGAGAGGUUGUUGGAGAAAAAAACAACUUUUGUAUUCCUGUAUUUUCCUGUUUUUACAUUAAAACGGUCUUUUAGCUCAAACU